AUGUCGAUUUACGCGCUGGCGGGUCUUCUCCUGCUUGUGAUCCACGCGAACCUUUGCGGGUACCAUUCGGUUAAAGUGACUCCACAUGGAGGCGCUAAAAUGAGUCGACCGAUAGGGUGGAAACACUCCCGUAGGAUGCACACCCCCCAGUACAUAACCACCCAAGUGAAGAAAACGCAGAUACGAAGCAGAAACGGAAAGAGUGUGAGAACCCCCCUGCGGAGAACAAAAGUACAAAUGAUUUUAGCGCCGAAAGGAUCGAUGCACGAAAAGAAGACAAAAGAAAUUUUGGAGGACCCACUGAAAAACUACCCAUGGGAAAUAAGCAUCCCCUUUCACGAAACGAUAACAAAGGAGCUGAGUCCAUCUUAUAAUUUUCUAAAAAGUGAGUGGGCAUAUGUAGACCACAAAAAGGACGUAAGGAGACCAUGCGGGAAGAUCGAAGGAGGGGUAGAAAAUUACGAUGGCAAAGGAUUAAAGUUAGAAAAAGGAGUAGACAGACCAAGGUAUCAUAAAAUGGAAUACUAUGAUGACCAUGGAGUAGAAUGGAGAAAUAUAAACCAAGAAGAACUAAUCAGAUUUGACUUCCUUCCAGAUGGUAACCAGGAUCAAACAUUCCUUGAAACGGAAGAAGACUUAGAGCAUCGCCAAUGGGGGAAUUGGAACUACAAUGCAUCCAAAGAAACGACGCAGUUGAACACUGCUUGGAGAGAUCCUGUCCUGUCUAGAAGUUUAACAAAUUUAAUUUACCCAUGGAAUCAUAAGGCACAUGAAAAUCAUGCUAUCCCAUACGGGUUUAGUAGUCCCGCUUUGUUUAUACCUGAACCCAAGAUCGAAUGGGAACUCGCCGCCAGGGGAUUUUUCGCAGGGUAUUAUGAAGAUCCCAAUUGGUCACGCAUAAAAUAUUAUAGGCAAACCAAAAAACUAAUUCUGCAGUGGCAUGAUGAGAACAAGAAGGAAGACAGUGAGAGGGACACCCGAAUAAUUGACAAAAUAAAAAUGGAACUUUUCGGAUUAUCCGCUAAAAGGAGGUACCCCUCCAAGCAAAUCAAACUGAUUAAUGAACACGCAUUGUUAAGAGCCAAAGAAAUUAUUCUUGAUCAUUUAUUGAAUCCAAGUGGAGAUCCAGAUUAUAUUACUUACUACCUCGAUAGACAUGAACCCAUAGAUUACGUCGGAGGGGGGAACCACAAUUGCUCCGACGAAGAAAUAAAAAACAAAACGGUCGUACUUAAUAUGUGUAUUUACCCUGUUAAACAAAGACAUGAAACGUACUCAAAAAAUAUGUCCAUUUCGGAGAUGGCUGAAAUGUACCAUUACUACAUGACGGAAAUAAGGGGAGAAGGUAGGUCACACCAGUCUAGUGAAGAUCCAGUGGAAGACAGGUACCAAUGCUAUGAGUUGCAAAAACAGAGGAACCAAUUCCCUGCUUUGGUAAACCUAUAUAAACCUCUUUGGACGAAUAAAAAAUUCGGAGAGGAAUUUGGGGAUGCUCUCCAGGAGGGACAGAAGAUUCGCAUCGACCAGCUGCGCACCUUCAAUAGAAAACUCAGACUUAAAAGGAAGAGCAAACUGACCCCGGAACAGAUGGACGCCUACAACUACGUCGAUGAUUAUAGUCAUGUGGACGACCAGUACGAAUUCUAA